AUGAUUGACGAUUCUUACCAGAGGGUUGGACUGGCAAUCAUCGUCGCAUUUACGGUGCUUGGAGGCGUUGCAGUUCUACUUCGGCUCUGGAGCCGAUGGCUAUCACGAUCGCCGAUCACCAGUGAUGAUUACAUGAUUGUGCUGAGCUGUAUCAUCUCAACAUGUCAAGGCGUCACGAUGUGGUACCUCUUUAAAACCAGCUAUAUUGGCAUCCACGCUCGGGAUAUACCCAAAGACUACGAUGCCAAACUGGGGCGAACUUGGGAAUUCGCAAACCAGCUUCUCUACAACCCGGCCUUGACCACGGUCAAGCUCGCGAUCAUUUUGUUUCUGCGUCGACUGAACUCCCACUCGCGGGUGGUGAAUUAUCUCAUCUGGAGUUCCUUCGUGGUGGUAAUCGGGCUUUUCAUCGCCGUCCUCCUGGUCGAUAUUUUCCAAUGUAAUCCAGUAUCAUACGUCUACGAUAAGUCUAUCCAAGGGUCAUGCAUUAAUCAAAGUGCCUUCUUCAUCGCCACCGCCGCGGUAAACCUCAUCAGCGAUCUGAUGGUUCUCUCAAUCCCCAUCAUCAUUACCGCUCGGCUUCAAAUGCCACUACGCCGCAAGAUCGCCGUCUGUGUCAUUCUCUGUCUGGGUGGAAUCGCCACGGGUGUCGGAGUCUGGCGCAUCAUAUUGAUUGUCCAAUCAUACAUGCACCUAGCUACUGAUCCGGAUCCCACCUACUCAAUUGCUAUCUGCAGCUCAGCCGUCGAGGUUAACGUCGCAAUCGUGACGGCUUGUGCCCCGUCCAUGAAAGCCAUCGCCAGCAGAUACCUGCCCAAGCUCCUGGGCAGCUCGCGCAAUGGCGGAAAAACCAGCUACGGCACUGGGCCCAGCAAUAGUACCGGCUUUUGGUCACGCAAGCUCGGCAAGUCAACCUAUACCAAGCGCAAUUCAAACAUGCAGUCAGGGUGCGGCGAGGAAGGAUACGAGAUGGCUGACCCACUCGGUGGGUCGCGGUUCGAGGUCACUGCCGACAAAUUCGAUAUGCGCAAGUAUCGACGUGGUGGAGAUAGUGGCAGCGACAUCACUCUGAGUGACGAUGGUAAAGCGGGGAUUAUGAAACGGACUGAGAUCUCAGUCGGAUAUAGUGAAACGGCGACGCCUGGAGAUGGGAGGUCGGCGUCGCAAGGGGAUGGGAGAUCGCAGGGCAAAGCAGCGAGUGUGGAUAGUAUUGUUUGA